AUGUCUGUAGAGGUGGAUAUACGUAGCAAAUGCAGAUAUACAUGUACAUGCCAAAAGAGUGCGGGCCUUAUAACUACUAAAACAGGUUCACUAAAAGAUGCUACUGAAUACGGAUAUUGCACUCAUGAGAAAUUUGUUAGGCAAGGGAUCAAGGGACUCAACUAUGAUGGACAACCUCUUAAAAUAGAAAAUGGCGUGGGUGGAAACUCUACUUUAUUCUCCGAUGAACACCCUAAGGCUUGGGAAGUAACAACUUACUACUCUUUUAAGCAUGACAAAAAUGCACGUGUUAUAAAAGUACCUCUGAUCCUCAGAGUAAAGGAUGCUAGAUAUGUAGGCCGUUAUGACUGGUAUGAGAAUGCCAGUACUAAUGGAGAUAACCUGACAUGGAAAAGGAUUGAGGACGCUCAUGGAUUUCCUACAAAGAGUAAUCAAUCCACUCUAAAGUUCAAGGAAAACCUUGAUAGAGUUUCCUGCACUAUCCACAAUCUUCAUAGAGUUGAUAUUUCCAGGAAUGAGCAAAAGAAUCCUUAUUACUGUCAAAUAUGUAGUAACGCAAAUGUCAGUAUUAAUAAAUAUGAAAGGGUUCAAGAAAUAUACACAAAAAUUGACCAUACUCCAACAGAUAACGGAGAAUACUAUGUUACGUAUGAGAACAAUCUGGUAAAAUAUAAGGACCCAAGUAAACAUACUUCCAAAUUAUGGAAAUUGCUUUCGAUUAAUAAGAAUUCUAGUCUCUCAGUAUACCACUGGGAAGGUGAUGAUAGGCUCAACAAUCCUCUCUUGAUCGAAGUUAAACCCAAUGUUGGACAGUCUACUUGGUAUGAGAACAUAGGGGAUUAUGGUGGAAAGCAUUAUAAAUGGAUAAAGUUGGAACCAGGUGAGACUGCUGGUUUCUCCAAUUAUGGAACAGAUCUAAAGAAAAAACUGGACCGCCUCAGUUGCACACUCAAUAAUGCUGUUAGAAUUCACUUAGGACGAGACUCUGGUUGUCAUGAUUCUAGGGAUAGUAACCAUAAAAGUACAAUUAGCACCCGUCAUAAUGGAACUGUGGAUAUUAACCUUAAACUUUCGGCCUAUGAAUAUACAAGUAAAGAGUCAGAUGGGAGACCAUUUUCUGUGUCAGAGGUUAUACUCAAGGAUCAUAGGCAGAAAAUAGGGUCUGCUAAUCUAGUUUUCAAAGAUGUCACAAAAGUCCUGUCGUAUGGUUCGUUUUGUGAUCCUACGAAUCCAUUUCUGAUUUUUGUGGAACUUAAUACUUCUAAAAAAAAUGAAUGGUACGAAAGAAAAACUAAUAAUACCUGGGAAAAACAUGAUGAUUUAUCCGGCCAAAUCAGGGGAAUUUUCAACAGCGUGAAAGAACCAUUCAAAAUAAAAGAAUGUUCUCCUGCUACAACUCCUCCAAAGGAGGGUGUCAAGAUAAAUAUAACAGAACAACCAAAGGAUAACACACUUUCUGGUACCUACAGUACGAUCUUUGGUACUCAGGCCGACUAUAUCAUCAUCAAUAAGGAGUCUACCAGUCUAAAAGGUUUUUUAAGGAUUGUUCAUAAAGCAAACACAAAUGGUCCUUUUAUUGUGCAACAGCAACUAGUAGAUGGAAAUAAAAUAGGAUCGAAUAAGAAAGGUAUUAAAGACGUAAAGGAAACUAAUGUAUAUUUCUGGCAGGGUGAGCCAGAUAAACCUAUCCUAGUUGGAAUUUCCACCAAUAAGAGUGAUGGCCAGACAGAGACAAAGUAUUAUUCAUACGCUGCAACUAAUGUUGGAGGGCAGGGAAAGGGUAGUUGGAUACAGGGUAGUUAUGAUACUUUAACAUCUGAAAAUUUAAAUUUUAUGCUCGAUGAUCAAAAUUGCCAAAAAAAUAACGCUGUUCCAUUUGAAAUCAAUAAUCCUACUGAUCCGUCUAAGCUAUAUAGUGAUAGUAAAGCACCAACAUGUAUAAAGGAUCAUAGAAAGAUCACAGAAUCUCCAUCUCCAAGGCAUCCUCAUGGGGGUGAGUACACUACGAAAGAAUACGUAAUUAAAGGUGACGCAAGAAUAUCCAGGGUUACAUUUGAUAAAAAUGAUACUGAUAUAGCCACUAAAGAUACCGUAACUAAGGUUGUAGUAUAUUAUUGGAAGAAUGAUCUAGGUGGAUCCAAUGAGAUUCCUCUUCUUGUAGGAUUUGUUAAAAGUAGUGGAGGCUAUACAUUUUUCGAGAAUCUUGGAAGUCCAGAUUCUACAAAAUGGAAACCAGUUGAUAAGAAAGAAUCACGGACGUUUUACAUAGGUAACUCUCCACAGAAAGAUCUUACGGAGAAACUAGAUGAGGUAAACUGCAGGAUUCAUCACACAGUUAAAAUCAAUAUAUCAAAUAAGGGUGAUCCAAACAAAUACUGUCACGGUAGGUGUUCUCCGAAAAGGAUAAAGAUCAUUCCAACCAAGAAAAGAAUUUCAGGAUGCACAGGUUAUGACCAUAUUUCUAAUAUUUCCAAGGAAACUUUUACAAUAUCUUCUUUCUACAAUGGUUAUGAGAAGCAAGAUGUUACUGUAAAGAUGGGCUUUCCUCUUGAGAAUGUUAAAAAGGUGACUGUCUACUUCCCUAACUGCGAUCAAAGUACACCAGUUAUGAUAUACAUUGAGUGUAGCAAUCAAAGUGCAUGGCUUGAGAAUAAAGACAAACAAGGGAAUUGGGAGGAUGUUAGCGGGAAAAUCCCAGAAGUCAAAAGUAGUCUAAACUUAUGUUCAGUAUAUCCUGGAGAUGGUGAAAGUGGAGAUAGAGAAGCUGAUGGAGGUACACAAGAAGACCAUGAAGAAACUGAGGAAAGUGAGGAAGAUCUAGGUGAUGAGGGAGACCCUAAAUAUGAAGCUGAAGUUGCUCUUCAAUCUGCUACUGCUACUACUUCUGAUCCUCAAGCUCAUUUUGCUGCUCAAGGAGUCUCAGGUGGUGCUGGUUAUGGAGGCUCUCCUAAAGACCCUCCUAACUCUAACUGGAAAGUAAUCACUGGCGUCUCUACAGGCAUUCUUGGUACAUCUGCCUUGGCUUGUUUUGUAGGAUGGAAACUCUAUAAUCGCUAUAAAGGAGAUCCUUGGGUUAGACAGAUUUGA